UUUCCGAAACGACAAAGUUGAUAUCCUUAACGCUGCUGUUUGAUCUACACUUAAAAAUAAAUCAAACACUUUCGGGUCGUGGUACGUCUUUACUUUUCCUAGUCAUUAUUGCCACUUUGCUCCUCGCGCGAUCAAAGGCCAAACGAUAAUUUCACACCAGGGUUUAAGCUCUAUAAUCAUCACUGAGUCAUCCGUAUCAAACAUACUGCUGGGAAAAGCUAUAAAACACCACGAGCAGCGCGUAAGGAUCAAUUUUAGUUGGAAAGUGAUUUCUAACACCUUCAAAACGAAACCAUGAGCUCAUCAGGACAAGGCUCGAACAUUUGCUUUCUUCGUUGGAUACGCUGGAUGGACACGAUAAACGGCAUACAUCUGCACAACGAAUCGCGGUUGGCACGUGCAUUUCAGCUCGUGUUCUACGUUCUGCAGUUGAGUCAGCUGCUAGUCAUAUACAACUUUCUCAGCAGUUGCCUGCAUACUGUCUCGCUGGAGGAGUUUGCUCGUCAGUUUAACCAGUGCGGUGGCUAUGUGCUUACUUUCUUCCGUGUUGCCACAAUUAAUAUGUAUCGCACCGACCUUAAGGAAACGGCGCAGUUUAUAAAUGCUGCCGAGUUUCACCAUCUGAACGCGCGUGCGGAAAACAUUCGCUCCGGACCGAUCCGACACGCGGGACGUGUCUUAUCCAUCCUGUUUGCUAUACAGGUGGUGGCUAUUACUUUAUGGUUCAUAAUGACCGAGCUGCAGGCACAGGCGCAAAACGUUCUAUUGCCCACCGUCACCUACCUACCGUUUGAUGCGUCCGGUUGGCCAACACUGCUGAAGGUGAUGUUUCGUCUAUACGUUUACCUAUCGUGCACGCAGCUCUUUCUCACCUUCUUCGGAAGCUACAUCAUCACGAGCAGCUAUCUGCUUACGCUGACGAUCGAACUGCGCAUUCUGAACGAUUCGUACGCUGGAGCACCGGACGAUCCACAGCAGUUGGUCGCCUUCCUAGAGGAUCGUGUCCGAUACAAGGUGACACUGCUACACCACAUCGGUAUCAUCAAACGGCAGAUGAACGUUGGUCUUCUCUUCGAGCUGGUGCUUAUCGUUUGUUUAUUGGCUAUCAACGGGUUGCGAGUAUGCACCACGAGCAGCGAUCUUAGCGAGAUUGCACUGUCCGGCAGUAUGAUCAUGAUCUAUCUGCUGGAGUUUUUCCAGUACUGCUGGCAAGUGGAUGAGAUGCAACAGUUGCACGAAGGACAAGCGUUUGCCGUCUACUCAACGCCUUGGGUUGGGGCCAUGCAGCAAACGAAAGCGCAAUUACUGAUCACGACCCGAAUGGCACAGGUCCCGCUGCGCUUCAUGUGCGGUGGAAUGUAUCAACUAUCAACCGAACUGUUCGCAACGGUUGUACAGUUUAUCUACUCGCUGGUGAUGAUGCUUUUGCACUUUAAAUAAGUGGGCAAUGUAACUGAAAACAAACGGAAAAGUAAUCAACUAACUACUGUUGCACAGACUGCAUCAAACAUGUUGACAUUCAAUCGUC